AUGGUUUGUGAAAGAAACGACAUCGGCGGGGACCGAAGAACGGGAGAACGAAGACGUCGGCAACCACAUCAUCGGGAGGAGAAGCUUCGAGAAGAAACCGAGUCGAGCACCGCCAUGCGAAUGUCCGCCGGUGCUGAUGAACGAACUGUUUCACAACUGAUCGGUGUUAAUCUACCCCCCAUAGUUGAUGAGAAAUUGACGGAAACGUAUAGAAAAAUUGUCGAUAUGUCACCGUUGCCGACACAUUUUGAUUUUGGACAUAUGUUUGAAUCUUAUGUAUGGCGUGCUGUGUUUCUAACCAGUUUCACAAUCGGCAUAAGACUCGGGAACAUAGAUGCGAUCAGUUUUUUAUUUGUGGGAAUUUUUGGGGUCACUAUUACUUUCAUUCUUACUUAUAUAGUUUUGCCCGUUGGUACUAUUUAUGGGAACCAAAAUUUGAAGAAAGAUUUCAGCAUACACGAAAGACGAAUCGUUUUAAUUGGGAUCUCAGCCCUUCUCGGGAUUCUAAGCAGUGCUAUAAAUCAACAUUAUGUAAUAAAAGACACAGCAGCUCCCUCUUACUUCCUGCCUGGUCUCGUUGGCCUGGCUGUUCAGGUUGUCGGCCCCAAAUUCGCGCACGAUCGCGCACAAUUCCUGGCCGUCACAGUUGGCAGCGCAUUUACGACCGGCGUUGUCCUAAUGGCGAUAUUUCAUGACUUGUCUUUCGCUGCCUUGGUCGGUCUCCUCAUAUCAGCCAUAUGUGCGACGAUUAAUCUUCAGGUUAUGGUUCAUACGAUCAUACAAGGUGGAAUCGACAUGAUGGGCGGUCAUGUAACAGCCGUUGUAAUGGCACUCUAUCAGCACCUCGUCUUCAGCCGAUUAUUUGGAGAGUACUCAGAAGAAGAAUAUUCCACACCUUCUGUGACAAAGCCUAUACUUUAUUCUUAA